AUGUUUUUCUCACAACCUCCCACCCAUAUCGCUCGCGCGAACGAGCUUAAAGAAGAGCCUCCCAAGGGUACUCCCUAUUGUGUUGGCUUGCCAGGAACUGAGAAAUCGGGCCGGAGCAGAGUAUAUCGGGUUUGGAAUUCGCAGAAAGAGCUUAUGAAAACACUAGACCCCGAAGUCACCACGGCCCACGAUAUAUUUGAGUCGAGCGUCAAGCGACACCCGAAGAACCAUUGCCUCGGAUGGCGUCCGUAUAACCCGACGACCAAGACUUGGGGUCUGUACGAGUGGAUGGACUACCAGACGGUCCAAAAGCGACGCACGGAAUUUGGUGCUGGUUUGGUGGAGCUGCACAAUAAGCAUGGAUGCGGCCGCCCUGGUCCGUAUGGAGUUGGUCUCUGGUGUCAGAACCGACCGGAGUGGCAGAUCACCGACCUCGCAUGCAUGUCCCAGUCUCUGUAUUCCGUCUCGAUCUACGAUGUCCUUGCGUCGGACGCUACAGAGUACAUAAUUAACCACGCCGAACUGAGUUGCGUCGUUACCUCUUUGCCGCAUAUUCCCACCCUGCUCAAGCUCAAGCCCGCGUUGCCCAAUUUGAAAAUCAUCGUCAGUAUGGAUCCUUUGGAUGGCGGUGAGCCGGCCGGUCAGUCGAAACGUACUCUUUUGGAAUCUGUCGCUGCUGGGCUUGAUGUUGCCAUCUACUCGAUGGACCAGGUUGAAGAGUUGGGAGCGUCAUCAAAUCGGCCUUGCAAUCCCCCCUCACCUUCGAGCGUCAUCACCAUCAACUACACAUCCGGCACCACAGGUCCUCCAAAGGGUGUGGUGCUGACCCACGAGAAUGCAGUCGCGGCGACUUGUGGUGGUCUCAUCAAUGUCCAGUAUACAUCAGGCGAUACUAUGCUCUCGUAUCUUCCACUGGCCCAUAUCUUCGCUCGCAUGACGGAACACACCGCUUUCUGGGCCGGUGCUCGGAUUGGUUAUUUCCAUGGAAACAUCCUAGAGUUGGUUGAUGAUCUGAAACUGCUAAAGCCUACUGGGUUUAUGUCAGUCCCUCGUCUCUACAGCCGUUUCGGAAAUGCCAUUCGUGCUGCUACUGUUGAGCAGCCGGGCUUCAAGGGUGCCCUUUCGAAGCACAUUAUUGCGACCAAGACAGCCAAUUUGAAAGACAAGUCCACCGUGAAGCAUGCGGUCUACGAUCGAAUCUGGGCUAAAAAGGUCGCCGCUGCACUGGGUUUGGAGCGGGCCAAGUCUUUGGUUUCGGGCUCCGCGCCCCUUGACCCUUCGCUGCACAAUUUCCUGAGAGUUGUUCUUGGGGUUGAUGUGUACCAGGGUUACGGAUUGACGGAGACAUACGCCAUGGCCACCGUGCAGUCCUCCAAGGAUCUCACUGCUGGUAACUGUGGUCGCCUCGCUCCUUGCACGGAAGCCUGUCUGGAGUCCAUUCCAGACAUGGAGUACUCGGUCAAUGACAGCCCCUUCCCACGAGGUGAAUUGUUGCUUCGUGGCACCAAUGUUUUCCAGGAGUAUUUCAAGAACCCCGAGGAGACCAGUAAGGCGAUGACCGAGGAUGGAUGGUUCCGCACUGGUGAUGUCUGCACAGUGGAUAAUAUGGGCCGUUUCAUCAUUAUCGAUCGCAGGAAGAACGUUCUCAAGCUGGCCCAGGGAGAGUACAUCUCCCCAGAAAGGUUGGAAGGCGUUUAUCUGUCGGAGCUGGGUUACUUCGCCCAGGGCUAUAUCCAUGGUGACAGUGUCCAGACAUUCCUGGUAGCUAUCUUUGGUGUCCAGCCUGACAUGUUUGCUCCGUUUGCCAGCAAGGUCCUUGGCCAGACCAUCAGUCCGACGGAUAUUGACGCCAUCAAGGCGGCAGCUAGCGAUGACAAGAUUCGCAAAGCUGUCUUAAAGGAUCUUGAACGGGUAGCACGCAAGCACAAACUUGCAGGGUACGAGAAGGUCAAGAACUGUUCCAUCAUGGUUGAGCCGUUCACAGUUGAGAACAACCUGUUGACUCCAACAUUGAAAUUGAAGCGCCCUCCCACCACAAAGAAGUACCGCCAACUCCUCGAUGACCUUUAUGCUCAGGCCAUCGAAGAAGAGUCUGCCCCCAAGGCCAAGCUAUAG